UUCAUUGCCUAGCUAGGCUUCUAUAUAAAGUUAAAUAUGAUGUCGGUUGAUAAAACAAUAUUUCCUGAUCCACUUGCUAUCUAUACUCUCUCUGUGUGCGUGUUGUGUAUGUGUUUGUGUGUGAGCCGUAAAUUCUAAUUUCGUUUAUGUGUAUUUUAUAUCUUCACUCUUUUCAUGUGUUUAGUCUUUUUUAUCCUUUUUCUUUAUUUUUUUACUUUUCUACUUUUCUCGAUUCUUCUUCUCUUUAUCUCUCUCUUCUCUCUUAUCUCUUUGUCUCUACUCUCAAUCUUGCUGAACCACUCUCUCUCUCUCUCUUCAUUUAUUCCUCUUCACAGAAUCUCCAUCAACUUUUACCUCCUCCACGGCCGCUUUCUUCUUAGUAUUCUUCUAUUUUCUUUCAUUUUUGUUUUUUUUCUUACUUGAAGAAUGAUAAAGAUUGUGUAAUUUUGAUACGAUGGGCGAGUUUGAUUUUUAAGAGCAGAAAUUUGGGUUUCGGGCUUUGUCUCCGGCGAGCACUCUCUGGAGAUGAGCUUAGUGCCGUUGGAUUCAAGAACAAACUUGGAAAAGGUGAAGAGCGAGCCAGCACGACUCGAAUUUUAGAAUUUUUGAGAUUUGCUUGGUCGACUGCUAAUGGGAGGGAUAGAGAUAAGCUUCUGGAGAGAUUUAAGAGGAAAAGCCAUAGGCUGGUUAAUCUUAUCUCUCCGAUCCCCAAACCAAAGGCUGAGGAAGAGAAGAAGCCUCAGGAGAAAGAGACUCCCAAGCCUGAAGAGAAGAAAGAAGAGUGCCGUCGAAUUCAAGCACGAACUUGGAGAAGGUGAAGAGCGAGCAAGCACGACUCGAACCCCAUCCCAGCUCUUGGUUCCUGAUUUGACAGUGGAUAUCAAGAACCAGAUGUCGGAGAAGAGGAAGAAGUGGGAGAAAAAGGUAAAAUCCAAGCUUUUGGGGGGAAAAUUCAGGGCAAACGGUGUACGAAGAAGACCAAGAUGGAAAUCUCCCGAGACGCUGAGAAGCUUCCUUACGUUCACCUCAGAGCUCGUUGCGGUCAAGCUACCAAUAGCCAUAGCUUGGCAGAGCAAGUAUUCUCUUAAUUAAAGACUAAUUAAGACUUAAUUAUUUUUUGCUUCCGACUUAAUUAUUAUUUUGUUUUCUAAAAAUUUAAUCACAAUAGGAUUCACUCAAGUUUUCGUUUUUAUUAAUUUGUAUUAAAAAUUCGUAAGCGAGGAGAGAGAAAUUUAAUGCUCCAAUGAAGACCUUGUACAAAGAUCUUUGUUUGGAACUUUUGAAACAUAGAAGAUGAUUUAGUGAGAAAAUGUUAUAGUGAGAAUAAGGCCCAGUGGGGUGGGUGGGUUAGUGGGUGGGUGAGUUAAUAUAAAAAGAUAUAUAUUAAGAAGAUGAUUUAUUAAUUUGUAUGUUGUGCAGACUUUUCUGAGGAUACUGGUCUUUAAUUUCAAUGUUAGUAGUUGGGAUGGGACGAGGGGUUUUUUUAUAAUGAUGUUACAUCAAAUUUCAUAAUGGCAGUAUAUAUAUGUUGGCUUGAUAUCUUAUAGGUUAGAGAUAUAUUCCUGUUAAUGCCACAUGCAUUCGAUUCA